AUGUCCAUCCGUACUUACCGACAAUCCUAUGGGGCCGGUGGAAGCAGCAGCAGUAUGGGAGGUGAUUAUGCCUUUGGUGUUGGUCAAAACAGAAACAGACGUGGAUUCUCCUCGCAAUCUGCAGUUGUUUUUAGGUCGGCUCCGAUUGCGUCCUCAAGUGUCUCUAUGCUUAGGUCAAGCAUGGGUGGUGGUGGUGGUGGUGGUGGUGGGGCUGGUGGAAGUUAUGCAUUUGCAGCUGGAAGUGGCGGAGCUUUUGGAAGUGGUGGAGCUUUUGGGACUGGCGGAGGUUAUGGUCUGGGCGGUGGAGGUAUUAUGGUGCCCCCCAUCACAAACGUCCAAGUCAACCAGAGCCUGCUCACCCCAAUGGACAUUAAGAUCGAUCCUAGCAUCCAGGUGGUCCGUACCCAAGAGAAAGACCAGAUUAAGGGUCUGAACAACCGCUUUGCCAGCUUCAUUGAGAAGGUGCGCUUCCUGGAGCAGCAGAACAAAAUGUUGGAGACCAAAUGGAGUCUUCUGCAGGAACAGACCACUACCCGCUCCAAUAUUGAUGCCAUGUUCGAGGCCUACAUUGCUAACCUGCGCAGACAGCUGGAUGGACUCGGCAACGAGAAGAUUAAACUGGAGUCGGAGCUGAAGAACAUGCAGGGCAUGGUAGAAGACUUCAAGAACAAAUAUGAGGAUGAAAUCAAUAAGCGUGCUGCGAUGGAGAAUGAAUUCGUUCUCCUCAAGAAGGAUGUUGAUGGUGCCUACAUGAACAAACUUGAGCUUGAAGCAAGAGUCGAUGCUCUUCAGGAUGAGAUCAACUUCCUCAGAGCUGUCUACGAUGCAGAGCUGCGUGAGCUCCAGAGCCAGGUCAAGGACACUUCAGUUAUCGUGGAGAUGGACAACAGCCGUAAUCUGGACAUGGAUGCCAUCAUUGCAGAAGUGAAGGCUCAGUACGAGGACAUUGCCAACCAAAGUCGUCAAGGCACAGAAGAGUGGUAUCAACAAAAGUACAGGGACAUGGAAGCCUCUGCUGGUCAGUAUGGAGAUGACCUUCGCAGCACUAAGAACGAGAUCUCAGAACUCAACCGGAUGAUUAGCCGUCUCCAAAAUGAGAUCGACGCAGUCAAAGCACAGCGUGUCAACCUUGAGGCUCAGAUUGCUGAGGCUGAGGAGCGUGGUGAGUUGGCUGUUAGAGACGCCAAGUCCCGUAUCAAGGAUUUGGAAGAUGCCCUACAGAGAGCCAAGCAAGACAUGGCCCGCCAAGUUCGGGAGUACACAGAACUCAUGAACCUCAAACUGACUCUUGACAUUGAGAUUGCUACCUACAGGAAACUGCUGGAGGGAGAAGAGGAAAGGCUUGGCAGUGCAAGUGCAACUGUCCAUAUUCAGUCCUCAGGAUCCAUGGGCGGCUCUGGUGGUGGUGCAGGGAGCGGAAUGGGAAUGGGAAUGGGCAUGGGUGGCAUGGCCAUGGGUGGAGGCAUAGGCAUGAGUGGUGGCUAUGGCACCCUGAGCCGCAUGAGCAUCGGCGGCGGCGGCAGCGGCGGCGGAGUUAGCAGCAGUACCAUGAUGACAACAAGAACCAACCUCAGCUCUCGCCGCUGA